AACCCGCCCCCUCCUGCUCUGUCACUUAUCUUCAGCAUCAGGUAAAUGCAUGACGGUUUCCGCUCUAGAUUUACCUUGAUGUCAGUCACCAUCCGUUGAAUAUUAUGCCAUUGCCGGCACGUCCCCAUUGGUUAUAAAACCAGUGAUCGCUCUCAACAAUCUCUUCUGUUCUGUUUAUGUGAAGGCAAUGGAGCUGAUGGUUCAAGUCUCAGUCUUUCUGGCUAUCAUCUGUGCAGUACCAACUUUUGGCACAGAUGAACUUGUACGGAACACUAAAUAUGGUAAAGUGAGAGGCAUACUCUCUGCCGAAGGACAGUCUUAUCUGGGAAUACCUUACGGAAAGGCUGAGAGGUUUUCCAAAUCGGUUUCUGUACAACCCUGGACUGAUAUCAAAUCGGCGGAACAGUAUGGGCCCCAGUGUACACAACCCCUUGUAUUUUGUCAAAGGGAUCCAUCGAGUUGUAACACAGAGAUGAGCGAGGACUGUCUGACUUUGAAUGUAUAUACGCCACUUGGAGCCAAAUCCAAGGCCAGUGGACAUAAGUACUCCGUGCUCGUAUGGAUACACGGCGGAUUUUACCAGGCGUACACUGCCGGAAGCCCUUAUUUCAACGGACUAGCACUUGCCUCAGCAGCUCGAAUCAUUGUUGUCACUUUUAAUUAUCGAUUGGGUGCCCUUGGAUUUUUGAAAAUUCCUGGGGUAGAAACAACUGGAAACUACGGUUUUUACGAUCAGCGUCUUGCGCUACAGUGGGUACAAGAUAAUAUCCAUUACUUUGGAGGCAACCCUAACGAGGUAACUGUGGGUGGGGAGAGCGCUGGAGCACAUGCCACAUUAUACCAUAUGAUGACGGCUGGAUCUAAAUGUCUAUUCCAACGAGCAAUUGCUUUGUCCCUCCCGGGUGUCGAGGUUCCUACAGCUGCAGUUGCAAGCAAAACAGCAGACCAUCUACUGAAAAACUUGGACUGCGACACCAGUGAGAAUAAGCUAAGUUGUUUGCGAGGGAAAACAGCCGAGGACAUAGCAACGCAGAGUAUCCUGUUGGCGGCACCAGACAACUUUUUACACAAGGUGAUGCGUUAUGGAAUUUACAUCGAUGGCUUGGAGAUAACGGAGGGGUUCUACGACCAAAGCAACAGGGACAGGAAAUUUGGCGACAAGCCGGUAAUAAUAGGGACCGCUGCAUUCGACGCCUUACGUUUUGUGUACAGAUCUCUUCUACAACCUGUCCCUUUAACGUAUUUCAGUGCAGUAUUUGGACAAUGGCGACCCGCAAUCACAAUGAAAACACAAGACGUGUAUUUAAGUUCGCCAGUUUCAGCUUCAGACAUUCGCCCUGAGAUUUCAGAAGUUCUUACCGAUGCCAUUUUCACAUGUCCUGCUCGCUUUUUUGCCGAUCGCUUAGCGAAAGAAAACAACGUCUGGAUCUACGUAUUCAAUCAACCAAAUUUGGACUCUUACACCUCCCCCGUAUCCUGUGAGGACCGCUCCUGUCAUGUUGACGACAUUCCCUACCUAUUCCGCCACCCUGAUGAGGUCACAGGCGCCAAGGACUCCUACUUUAAGCAAUUGUCGGAUCUUAUGGUAAGCUACAUUGGCAGUUUUGUGCGGACGGCAAAUCCAAAUUCGCGCAAAGUAUCGCCGAAAUGGAUUAAGUAUAAUACGAACCCAUAUUGUACCAUUGAGGAACAGGAGGGAUGGGUGCCAUCAUGCAAACAUCCGUUUUUGGAGCUGAGGUACCCCGAUCCACGAAUCGUCCGAGAUUUCAGGGAUGACAGAUGUGAUUUUUGGGACUCCGUAGGAUACAAACAAGAAUAACUUACACCUUUUAUUAAUAUCCAAUCAAAACAAAGUAAAACAGAAGGAAAACUAAAAGAAUAUUUGAAUUCAUAUUUAGGAGUCUGUUUGACGUGUGGUUUUUUUUUUUUAAUUUUAUGGGUAUCAACAAUUAAUUCCAUAAUAAGGGUGUGUUAUUGUAUAUAAACACUGCUAUGCCUGCAGUCGUACUCGACGGAUUUAUUCAGU